AAGGCACGUGACGAUAGAGACAGGUGUAGUCAUGGAUCGUCUCCUGUCCCUGGUUCUGCUGCCAUUUCUGGCCGUCACAGCUUUCCGUGACGAUUUUAACUCCUGGAAUGCCGGUAACUAUAAGGUCGACGUGACAGCCUGGGGUGGCGGGAAUCACGAGUUCCAGGUUUACACUCCGGAACAUGAAAACCUAUACGUGAGGGAUGGUCACCUGUACAUCCGCCCGACUUUUACAACAAACAGUUCGCGUUUUGCCGGCCAGAAUUUGUACAACGGGGACAUGAACCUCUAUUCCAUAUGGGGACAGUGCACUCAGCAUGACAACAACGGCUGCCAUAAGACCGCCCAUGGCAACGAGAUCCUGCCUCCGGUCAUGUCCGGAAAAAUCACCACAAACUUCGCCAUGACUUACGGACGUGUUAAUGUCCGUGCAAAGAUACCAAAGGGAGACUGGCUGUGGCCGGCGAUAUGGUUGCUGCCCCGGGAUUGGAGUUAUGGUGGCUGGCCUCGCUCUGGGGAAAUCGACAUUAUGGAAUCAAGAGGUAACGUCAAGGCUAUUUUGGGAGGUGUAAACCAAGGAGUCAACGAUGUACAAUCAACACUUCAUUGGGGGCCUGCUUACAACCACAACGCGUUUUACAAAACACACGGCUCUAAGAGGAAGGACGGAGGUGAUGAUUGGCACGGCUGGCACACAUACUCACUUGACUGGACAGCUGACCACAUCAUUACGUAUGUGGACAAUGCGGAGAUCUUGAGGAUAAAUACUCCGAGUCAGGGAUUCUGGAACUGGGGCGGAUUCAGCGGGAACAACAUUUGGUCCAGUGGUGGCAGGAAUGCUCCAUUUGAUAAACCUUUCCACCUGAUCCUGAACGUAGCUGUCGGAGGAGAUUUCUUUGGAGACGGACAGUAUGACACUUACAAGCCCUGGGGUCACUCCAGCCAUCCAAUGAGGGAUUUCUGGGAGGCCAGAGGUUCAUGGCAACACACGUGGCGUGGUGAGGAUGUCGCCAUGAUUAUCGAUUACAUCGAAAUGAUUCCGCACUGAUGACUGUCACACGAAAUAAAAACUUAUAACAACGAC